CACUCUACAACUUUAAAUAUAAACUACCUGAGAAACAAAUCAAAUCCCAACCCAUUUAAAUUCCACAAAACUUCCCAUACUUUUAAUGUCCAUUUCUUCACAAACUAUAUCCCCAAAUACCCACCACACCCCCACCAAGUAUGUUCAAGGUCCACCGCCACCAGCAUUUCCAGCCCACACGACUCUCGACAACAACAUGGUGAUCCUCUUAGCGGCUCUGCUCUAUGCCCUCGUCGGCGCACUCGUCAUGAACUCAAUUCUCCGCUGCAUAUGGCGGCGGUGGUGGAGCGCCGCCGCGGCAAGAGUCGAGAGGCAGGAAUUGGAAGAGAUUCCGGUGGCGGUUUACGAAGGGGAAGGGAGAAUGAAAAUCAGAGGUACGGAAUGUGCGAUUUGUUUAGGUGAAUUCGAAAGUGGUGAGGGUUUGAGGAUUAUGCCCAAAUGUAACCAUGGAUUUCAUGUUCACUGUAUUGAUGCUUGGUUAGUUUCCCAUUCCUCUUGCCCUAAUUGUCGCCAUAGUCUGCCAGUGAAGACGGUAGCGGAUGGUGGCAGUGGCGGAGUUGGUGAGGUGCGGCGGGCGGGGAAUGAUGGGUCGGAUGAUAUAAUUAUAAUACUGAUCGCAGCCAUUUAGAAGUGGAUGGAUGAAGAUUGCUGUGGACAUCAUCCUUAUCUUCAUCCUUUCUUCUUUAUAUUUUUAUUAUUUACCAAAAUUUACAUUUCGUAAUGCCUUUUACCUCUUAAUUUUAAAAUUUUUAAUUUAAAUUUAACCAAACUAAUCAAAAUAUUUAUAAAUAACAACCUAUCCUUCUACAUUGACACCUAUUAUUAUCUGGUUUCCAUAAAUAGUUAAAAUU